AUGAACAGAGAUUAAAGAGAUAUUCUUGUCUGAACAUUUCUCCCGUCACCGCCGGGAAAAGUUUUCGCGAAGUCCUUUCUGUCGGCGAGAACUUAGCAGUCAAAAGUUCCCGUUCUCAAAGUUUUACGCACGCGAUACUCACAACUUUUGGACUCUAAACUUUUGUCGAAAACUGUUCGUAGGCAAUUCCCCGUUUCUUCUUCGAAUAAAAAGAGUACCUAGUAUAAAAUGCGAUCUAAUUAAUGUGUAGUGCAGUUAUGUAUUAAAAUAACACAUGGGAUUAUUUGUGUGUGUAAAACUAAAAUAAAGUGAAUUAAAACAUUAAAAUGGCAGCUGCUAUGAUAAAAGACCGUGGACUGCGAAAGAAAUUAACCCAGGAAGCCAUACCGGAGAAAACACCUAAAAAGCCUUCGAAGCGUAAAUCGACGCCAAGUAGUUCUAAGAACGAUAAGAAAAACGAACAGAACAACAAUAAAAGGCCAAAAAUACAGAUUGGAGCGCCAAAACAAGACUUAUUUUCUACCUACCAGCCGUGGGUGAUCCAGACGUACGGAGAUUUAGCAAAAACGAAAACUAUAACUCUAAAAAAGUAUGCCAGAAUUCUUCGAACCCUGCGCGGCGAAGAAUGUAACAGUUCCGACAGUUCCAAGUUUCGUUUUUGGGUUAAGGCGAAAGGUUUUCAUGUGGGCCGGCCGACGGGUUACGACGCGAAACCUGCGGAUGGCAUAGUCUGCAGGUACAGCGUCGCCGACGCAGAAGGAUGCGCCCGAGGCCCGGAUGGACAGGAAAUCUAUACGGGGUCUCAAAACGACCCUCCGUUGUACAUACCGACUCCUCCACUAAAGAAUGCACCAACUCAAGAACCUAUUUAUCGAAAGGUGGCGAUAGUGGAAAACUUUUUUGACAUCAUCAACACUGUUCACGUUGAAUUAGAAGGAAGACCAGGCAAGCACGCAGGACAAAAACGAACAUAUAGAACUAUAACGGAGACCUACGCAUUUCUCCCUCGCGAAGCGGUCACGCGCUUCCUGACCGGAUGUGCGGAGUGCGCGCGGCGCCCGCGCAGUGCUUCUCCCCCGCCGCUCCCUACACCCUCACCCUCGCCUACCAGACACCCCACAUACCUGCCAUUUCUACCCCACUGCGCGCCAGACUACACUAGAAACUGGGAAUCAGAAAUCGACGCAGCUCAAAAUUAUUCCUUCGAACCAAAAUUUGAUUACACUGAUCUUCAACCUCUGAAAAAAGUGGAAAGUCCUAAGCCCCCUGAAGAAGAAGAACCGACGUAUAUAGAAUUAACAUCGAAGAAAAGUAAUGGAUUUGAUGCAACCACACUCUUUAACAGGAGUUCCUCAGUCGAACCCUUCAGAGAAGAAGAGCCUGUCAGAACGGAUCCUGAGAUAGACAAAGACGAUAGUGUUAUAGAUGUCGAAGAUGUUCGACCUGAUAGUCCGCCGCCCCUGUUAAUCCAGCAGAAGAAAGAAGAAUUAAAUAAUACAGAAGAAGCGCAGAGUGAAAGUGCAAAGGCAACAGAAGACAGCGAAGUUGAAAACACAGAAAGUAAAAAGGAAAAGAAAUAUAAUCCGUUAGACGUAGCAAAUUUAACAUCGAAAGAUCCUCCGAAGUCGAGAUCGUCACCAAGGAAAAAGUUACUACCAACCAGCAUAGAGUACCCUCAUACGUAUGGGAGGUUACCGAAGCCGUGGAGGCCUGAUGGGGGAGUAUUUUAUGGGGGCGACGACAUGGACUACAGCGUGCCAAUUACCACAGCUUAUUUGAAACACAUGCGCAGCAUGGGGUGCCAUGAUCGCAUGGAUUUGGAUAAUAAGGACAAUUUAACUCCAGAACCAACAGAUAUGAAUGAUGAUGACAAUUUUGCUGGUCAUGGCUACGCGAAAGAUGCAGAGAAGUUGAAAAUGAUGUUGCUGGCGUGGAAUUAUCACAGCCAGACGCAAGGUCGCAAUGGUGACAUGACAGAGAGUGGUACAGACAGCAUGGCAGAUUUAUGGGCAUCCUAUCAUAGCGCCCUCGGCUUGGGCAGCAAACCUCCCAAACCGCCCACCCCUCUCGCUACAGGGCACUCGGUGAGUUUUAAGAGUCCAAUCCACGUCGGAUCAGCAACACCGGUGGAACCCGCAUCAACACAUGACGAGACUUCGUCAUCAGAUCGUACGAAAGAUGAUGAUGAUGGUGGCGCAUCGGAUGAUGAUAGUGAUGAUAGAGUCGACCCUCAGCAUCAUGAUCCGGAACGACUAAAAGCUUUCAAUAUGUUCGUUCGUCUCUUCGUCGAUGAAAACUUAGACAGAAUAGUUCCUAUUUCAAAACAGCCAAAGGAAAAGAUCCAGGCCAUAAUAGAUUCCUGUACGCGACAAUUUCCGGAAUUUGCCGAGCGCGCCCGAAAACGUAUUAGGACUUAUCUGAAAAGUUGUAGACGAAAUAAGAAAGUCCGAGGAGAUGGGCCUACCACCGGCAACGGGGGAAGCACUCCAUCUGGAAAUGCCUGGGAUACUGCGGUACGUCCAACGCCAGCGCACCUGACGUCGGUACAAGCAGAGCACAUCCUGGCGCAGGCGUGCGAGAACGAGAGCCUAAAUGCUAAGCGCAUGCGUCUCGGACUAGACCCUGUAAGCCAGCCAAUGCCCACUGUGCCUACGCCUAUGGCGAUCGACACGACAGCGACAUCGUCGUCGUUCCUGAGCCUGUACAGCGGCGGCGGCAGCGCGCCGGCCGUCAGCAGCGCGGGCGGCGCGGCGCACGCGCGCUCCGACGCGAGACCCGACGCCAGCCCCUCGCUCGACAGCGCACUGCUCAACAAUAACAGCCUGAAACUGGACAAUGCCAACGGAAACGCCGGGAGUAAGACUGCGAGCCCAGCAUCGUCUCCGGCCCCGCUGUUCAGACCAACAUUCCCAAACACAUUUGGAAACCCUCCAACGUUUGGGAGGCAGAGUUCAAACACUAAUCCAACGUCAGCACUAUCAAGCACUGCUCUCUUAUCAACGCUGACCGCACUUCCACCAACAGGUGUUGGAGUGAACGCAGCCAUGGCCGCUUACCAGAGCGCCUUGCUGUCCGCAAUGGCAGCCCAUACGCAUACAUUUCCUAACUUGACAGCGCCAACAGACCUGUCACUGAAAACAUCAGUAUCAACGCCAUUACACGCGACGUCAACUUCAUCAUCUCUCUCAGGUUCAGGGUCUCAGAAGUCUCUUCUAUCCCACAAGCUAUCUGGUGCAGAAGUAGGAGCAGUCAGACAACUGAUUACAGGAUAUCGUGAAUCUGCAGCAUUUCUACUACGAUCAGCUGAUGAAUUAGAGGCUCUCCUUUUAAACCAACCCUAGGACACGCCCAAAACAUAUUCGGAUCUAUUCGGAUUCAAAUUCGGAUAUUUCUGAACGGACAAUGUGCAAUGUGCGGUUUAUUUUUUGUAACUGUUUCGUGGUUAUUACUAUUUUAAUAGACAAUUUCGAAAAUGUUGAGUGAAAAAUACAUUGGAGUCAAAUGAAAAAUAUAAAACUGAAGUUAUGAUGAUGCUAAAAUGACGAAAAAUAAAAAUGGGUUUUACAAAUUGACAAGUUAUAUGAUAUCUCUUUUUGUUAUUGUAUUGUACGAUUUUAAUGUUCAUUCUGUUGAUACAUAUGUCAUGUUAAAUCAAUAUUUGAGGUAUAUUGACAGAAUGGCAUUAAAUCUUUUUUUUAAAAGUACAAGGUUAAGAAGAACAUACAGACAAUUUCUUUCCGUCUACUUGUAAAAAAUCAAUCUGGGAAUUAUAUUUUUCUCUUUAUUUUA